UCCCAGACUUCCAGGGAAGGCACGCACGAAGGCCUGCCAGGGAGGUGGCACGGCUGACCUCAGCCAGGAAAUCCAUCCGUCCGCAGGCGGGACCUUGGGCAGUCCAGACUUUGCUCAGCUCGACUGUUUGGCAACCCGCCCCCCCGGAGCGCGCGGCACAACCGGCCCCGCUGCAGGAGAGAGUCGGGCGGGCGUCCGCCAGCGCUGGAGAUGGCCACCUCCGUUGUCAACCCGGCUGCCUCCGAGCCCCAGCCCGCGGCGGCCAUGGAGGACCAGGACUUCGGAUCCUUGGACGUGGCCGACGAGAGCGGCAGGCGCUUCGGGACAGGGCGGCUCGUCCUGCUGCUGACGGCGCUGGGCGCCGUCCUCACCCUCGCCGUGGUGAUCGUGGGCGUCCGAGGCAUCCAGCUCGGCGGAGAGCAGCGGGGGACCCGCGAGGCCCUGCAGAGCUUCAACCAGACGUUCUUCAGCCAGCUCAGCGGCCUCAGGCACAGGCGAAACAGCACGGAGCAGAAACUGGCGGCGCUGUGGAAGACGCUGCAGGGUCAUGGCAGCAAGAUAGAGAAAGACCAGAAGCGCCUCCGGGUGCAGCUCUCCAACCUGCAGCAGGACACGAAGGAGGUCCAUUGCGAGCUGGUGGAAAUGAAAAGCAACGGGACCAAAAGUGGCUGCUGCCCCAAGGGCUGGCUGGCCUUUAAGGAGAGCUGCUACUGGAUAUCCAGCGUGACAGCGUCUUGGAACAAUGCGCAGAGAGACUGUGAGAGGAAGCAAGGCCACUUGGUGACCAUCAACUCGCCUGAGGAGAAGGUGUUUGUGAACCAGCGCAAGAAGCCGAGGCACACGUGGAUCGGCCUGACCGAUGUCAGCGGCAUCUGGAAGUGGUCGGAUGGGACCUUGUACUCCUUUGACCGGGCGGACUGGAGCCAGGGCCAGCCGGACCACUGGUACGGCCACGGCCUUGGGGGAGGGGAGGACUGCGUGGAGAUGUACCCCAACGGCGACUGGAACGACAGCCACUGCUCCCUGCUCUACUACUGGAUCUGCGAGAUGCCGCUGAAGAGCUAGGAGGGCGGAGGGCCCGGCUCCGCCUCGCCAGGACGCCCACGCGCCCGCACC